CGGGCUGAAGGUGUGUUGAAGGUUUGUUGUGAACAUGUCUGUCGCAGUGAACGCUGACCCUCCUCACGGACACAUCAUCUGCAGUGAGAAGUGGAGGAGCUCUGCUCUCGUGCACGGCCUGAAAGAUGGAGGUGUGAGCAUCCUGUUUGAAGAUGGCUUUGGUUCGGCAGAUUUUCACCUUCCCAACAGAACGACCGUCCUUUAUGUGUCUGAGUGUGACAUACUCGCUGGAUAUAAUUACAAGAGGAAGCUGGUCUGUUACAGGAAUGCCUGCAGCCAUUUUCAGCAGCUGGUGCUGGUGGAGAAGACGAGGCUCACGCAGCAGUACUUUCCUGCUGUGCAGAAGUUUGUGCUCUUUAAUUUGGGCCUGUCUCUGCUGCCCGUCGGUGGACAGAUGGAGGCCUCGCAGCUCAUCGCUCAAACUAUUCACGGCGCGAGCAAAGAGAACCCGUUUCGAUGCAGGACCUCGAGUCGGCUGAUGGAGCCGUUGGUCCUGGCGCUGACGCAGCAAAUCCCCGGGGUUGGCAGGAUCAAAGCUGUGGCUCUUCUGCAGAAAUUCUCCAGCAUCCAACAACUCUGUAACGCAGAUCCUGCUGAGCUGGAACCGAUCGUGGGCCAGGCGAGCGCCCAGCAGAUCCACAGCUUUUUCCACAGACUGCUGUAGGAACAUAAAGACCGUGCUCUAGUUGUCGAACACUGUUGCUGGAACAUAAAACCAUGGACUGGGUUUCAGCCAGUACUGAUCUGCUGCUCAUGUUCUCAGGGAGAGACCUUUUACAAUGCUGCAGUAGAAGCUGGAAAACUCAAAUUUGAAAGUGUACAAACAAUAUAUUACAAUCUAGUUCUUUUAUUUUUGUAUUCAAUAAAAUAGUAAUUGUUUACUUUAGCACUUUCUCACUGUAUAUACGAUUAUAUCCUUGUUGAUACAUGAGGUGAAGUUAAUUCAUCAUCAAACUGUGAUAAACUGCAUGCAGACAUCUUUUGGACCAAUCCAACAAGGAUUUCACAGAAUAAGUAAUGA